GCCGUUGAGGGUACUUGGGACUUUUCUCUGCACUGCUUGCUCCGAUUGCUUUUUUGUGAAUCAAAAGCUCCACCUCUCCAAAAGUUUGUCAUGAACAGAACUCCCUCCUUCCAAUAUAGCCUACUCUCAAUUAGGUGAGCAGGGAAACCAUAGUGAGUGAGAGAGAGCGAGGGGUGAGGACGUCGAAGGAAGCUGACAGAGCGUUAAUAAGAUACAGAAGAAUUUGAGUUACAGGCAUGCAGACAAGACAACGAGACUGAUUCCCUUGUUCCAGAGACUACGGACUUUAAAUCUAAAAAAUAAUUUGGUGAAGUCUUGACUCGAACCAACGCUUAGUGGACUAAUUUAUAAAAAAAAUGGGUUCUAAAAGAUAUCGGUCGAAGACGUUUGGGAAAACACUCUCUCUAAACCGUACGCUCCUUUGUAUAAUUUGGGUUUUAUUCACACUUUUCCACCCAUUCGGCUCUGCUUUCAACCUGGACGUGGAGAAUCCUACUGUCUACAGCGGACCUAACGGGAGCUACUUCGGAUAUUCCGUGGAAUUUUACUUGACAAAUUCUGCUAGUGUGAGUGUGGUGAUCGGCGCUCCGAAGGCCAAUACCAGCCAGGUGAACAUCACAGAGGGCGGGUCUGUCUACUACUGCCCAUGGAGUCUCAGCCAAUCACAAUGCCACAGCAUUGAGUUUGACCCUCAAGGGGAUCGCACAGUCUCUCUCAACGACACAGACUACCAGGCUGAAGUCAAGUCCCACCAGUGGUUCGGCGCCACCGUGCGUUCCCACGGCGACACCAUUCUGGCGUGUGCCCCUCUCUACUCCUUUCGCACCAAAGAAGACAUCCCUCAUUCUGACACCACAGGAACCUGCUACCUCUCCGUCCACAACUUCACCAAGUUUGUGGAGUACUCUCCCUGUCGCACAGAGUUCAUUGGAGAGGGAGGCCAGGGCUACUGCCAGGGUGGAUUCAGUGCUGACUUCACUAAGGAUGGAAAGGUGGUGCUGGGAGGGCCCGGCAGCUUCUUCUGGCAAGGCCAGGUGAUCAGUGCUGCCAAAGAGGAGAUCAUCAAGGCCUAUUACCCAGGCUACUUCAUGCAGUCUGUGGAUGGCCAGAUCCAGACCAGACAGGCUCAGAUCAAAUAUGACGACAGCUACAGAGGAUACUCUGUUGCUGUUGGAGAAUUCAGUGGAGACCAGGAGGAAGAUUUUGUGGCUGGCGUCCCAAAAGGAAUCAUGCUUUAUGGUUUGGUGUCUAUUUUUAACGGCAGUGAUCUGCAGUCCAUGAUGAAUUACACUGGUGAACAGAUGGGUUCUUAUUUCGGCUAUGCCGUGGCGACAAUGGACGUCAACAAUGACGGGCUGACUGACCUGCUGGUGGGAGCCCCCAUGUUCAUGGUGCGAGAUUCAGAUGGGCGUCUGGAGGAGGUGGGCCGUGUCUAUGUUUACCUGCAGCAGGGAGUCCUGAACCUGCAGCCAGCCCUUCCACACCUGACAGGCAACCAGGUGUUUGGGAGAUUCGGCAGCACCAUCGCCCCUCUGGGAGAUCUCAACCAGGACGGAUACAACGAUGUGGCCAUCAGCUGUCCGUUUGGUGGGGAGGAGAAGCAGGGGUUGGUGCUCAUCUAUAACGGAUACGCCGGUGGACUCAGGGACACGCCGUCUCAAGUGAUAACUGGCCAAUGGGCUUCAGGGACGGUUCCUGCCAGCUUUGGAUUUGCUCUGAGGGGAGCCAAAGACCUGGACAUGAAUGGCUACCCAGAUCUUAUCGUUGGUGCUUUUGGUGUGGACAAAGCCAUUCUCUACCGGUCGCGUCCCAUAGUCAACACCAGUGCCUCCCUGAUUGUGUCCCCCACCAUGAUCAACCCUGAGGAGAAGAACUGCAUUGUGCAGAGCGACAACACCAGCAUGUCUGUCUCUUGUGUCAACCUGAGUUUCUGCCUGUCCGCUAAUGGGAAGUACCUACCAGACAGCCUCGUCUUCCAGGUGGAGGUGCAGCUGGACCGUCUGAAGCACAAGCAGAAGGGAGCCGUGAAGAGGGCUCUGUUCCUGGACUCCCAGCAGGCCGUGCUUCAGAAGAGUGUCAGGCUGCGGAACGGAGAGCGGGUGUGUCAGGACACCAAGAUCUACCUACGGGAUGAGAAAGAGUUCAGGGACAAGCUGUCCUCCAUCUACAUCGCCCUGAACUUCAGCCUGGACCCCAAUGCAGCUGCUGACUCCCACGGCCUCAGACCCAUCCUCAACUACCAGACCACUGAGCUCAUCGAGCAGAAGGCCCAGAUUCUGCUUGACUGUGGAGAAGACAACAUCUGUGUCCCUGACCUGAAGCUGGCUGUACACGGGGACAGGAAGGAAGUCUACCUAGGUGACGACAACUCGUUGACCUUGACUUUCAACGCCAGGAACGAGGGGGAGGGCGGGGCUUAUGAAGCUGAGUUGUAUGUGGUGCUGCCCCCUGAAGCAGAUUACAGUGGGAUAGCCCGCAAUAAUGAGAGCCUGACCCAGCUGACCUGCAGCUAUGAGACUGAGAACCAGACCCGCUACCUGAGCUGUGACCUGGGCAACCCCAUGAAGGCUGGCACCAGUCUGUGGGCAGGUCUGAGGUUCACAGUGCCCCGGCUGAAGGACACUCGCAAGACUGUUCAGUUUGAGCUGCAGAUUCGCAGUAAAAAUGAGAACAAUUCCCACAGUGAGGUGGUUCCCUACAGGCUGGAGGUGGUGGUCCAGGCUGAUGUUAUUCUACAGGGGGUGUCACGGCCAGACAAGGUCUUCUUCCCUCCAAGUAACUGGAAGGUUACCAAAAGCCACCAGGUGGAGGAGGACAUCGGUCCUGCAGUGCAGCAUGUCUAUGAGUUGGUGAACAACGGCCCCAGUCACAUCAGCCACACCCUGCUCCAGCUGCGCUGUCCUCUCAGUGUGCAGGGCCACAGGCUCGUCUACCCCCUGGAGUUCUCCACAGAGGGGCCUCUCAACUGCACCACCAACCACACUAUGAACCACCUUCAGCUCAAGCUCCAGCAGGCGUCAACAGAGCAGCCGCCCGUACUGACGCAAGGCCAUGAGCAUGUCAUCGAGAGGAGGGAGGUCCACAGAGACCAGCUGGCUGAGCUUGCUAACCUGUCCUGUUCCAACUCUGAGUGCUGGAUGCUUCAGUGUAACGUGGGUCUUCUUGAGAAGGGGACCACUGCCAUCCUCAAGGUCCGCUCCCGGAUAUGGGCUGAGACCUUUAUGGAGAGGGCAUAUAAACACUAUGUUCUGGAGUGCCUGGCUCGUUUCAGCGUCAUGAAGAUGCCUUAUGCCAUCCUACCCAAACAAGUUCCCAGUGGAUCCAAAAAGGUGGUGACCACGGUUGUUUGGAACAAGCCUGACAGCCAGUACUUUGUCCCUCUGUGGAUCAUCAUCCUGGCCGUCCUGGCAGGCCUGCUCCUGCUGGCUCUGCUCAUAUACGUCCUCUACAAGCUUGGUUUCUUCAAAAGAUCUCUACCCUAUGGAACGGCUAUGGAGAAGGCCCAACUCAAGCCCCAGGCCGCAUCUGAGGCCUAAAAGCCACACGGAUCCGAAACCAAAGAAUCUAGCUACCCAUAUGAUUGCAACAGAGACACGCUGGCUAGACGUCCAGGGAGGAUCAGACUGCAGUUGAAGAGUUAGGAGGAGCAACCACUGGAACUCCACUGGACUGCACUAGAGGGAGAAAAAAAAACAAAGAACUCCAAACCAAAUGAAUGUGUUUAAUUUAAUGUGUCUUGUUUGUUGCUGGAGCUGGUUGGUCACCAAACAGAACCCAGUCAGACUGUCUGCAGACAAACAUGAGUCGGAUUUCUAGGCUAGUGACCCCAUAGAAAGAAGAGAAGAAGCCAUAUUGAAGCCAUUGAUUCAUCUUAGAUUAAGGACGAUGCUAGUUGUCUCCCUGCAGUUUUUUGAUACUGAUUUGUUUUGUGGACUCUCCUGGAGAAGUCUGUUAUACCCUUUUUUAUCGCCUUGUUUUUGGUGCUAACAGUGUGUGUACACAUCUUCAGACAGGUGCUGGACACAUGUUACAUGUGGUGGGGGAGAGUGUGCCGCUGCCCUGCUUUGUGUAGCAUUAAAGGAACUAUUUGAUACAUUCUCAGCCAAAGGCCUUCAAACAGGCUGUGUGGUAAAGUACCAGGGCCCCAAAGGUCAGACUGACAAAAGCCCCAGAAUAUGUCUUCUAGGUGGGUUCUUUCCCAUUCAACAAAAGCCUAUCAUAUUGUAUUGUUCGAAGUUGUUGUAAAUGCAGCCAAAGACUCCGGUAGUGGCCAGCAGGAAUAGCCCUGUCCUUUGGAGCGUAAUGAAGCCUCAGGUUGGUGGACACGCACUUGGGGCCCGUUUAUUUGCACUCAAAGGAAAUCUACUGAUGACUAUCAAGAUGCCAAAGACGGGAGACGAGCUGAUCAUCCUUAGAGUCCUACUGAUCCCUACGUCCUGAUCCUUUACGUUCAUGUUCAGUGUUCCCAUCACAGUAUCACCUCAUAGUCAUCUGGGACAUGACUGGACUCGCCAGGCCAGAGGAGCCUCACCAGAGGCAGGCUGGAUCCUUAACAGGACACUGCUUCUCACCUGAUAGCCCCGGCAGGGUAGACUGGGUCAGGUUAGCGUGUUUUUAGUGUAGUGUGGAGCCAUGUGAAGAUGAGGCUGCGGCAUGCACCAUGCAGGUGAACCUGUGUUCUAUGUGGAGCCUGUAGGCCGCUGAGUCAUGGUGUGUGGAAGUGAAUCCGUACACAUCCAUCAUUUGCCGUAGCGCUUAGGAGAGGGAAGCAGUGAUGUCAUCGGGGGGGGUGCUAGCACCACCUAGUGUAGUACGCUUUAUAGGAGGCUUUGUUUUUAAUGUCUGGGUUGGAGCCUGUCUGGUUGACCGAGAGUACUAACAAGGAGUUGUAGAAGCCAUCCCACCCCACUACUGCUAUGCAUAAUGGGCUAUGGUUACACCCAGGGACUGAACAUAACAAUGCAUAAUGUGGGGUUAAUCUAUUUGUAAUGUAAAAAGGAUUGAUGUAUGUACAUAAUCUUUGUCUUGAGAGGAUGUGUGUGUGUGUGUGUGUGUGUGUGUAUGUACCUGUGUCUGUCUUGUAUGAACAAGAGAGAUCUUUCGAGAUGCUGAGUUGUCCAUACUCCUGGGCUGACAGGAGGAAAGGUUGUUCAGGCUCACCACAGGAUCAAUCCAGUCAGUGCUCGGUAUGGGCAGAACGCCUGACUGUAUUGAGGCCAUCCAGGGGCUAUUAAUCACAUGUAGUGCAGAGAGAGACUGCAAUGCAAAUGCAUGUCCAUUGCGUGCAGUGCAGCACAUCCGUUUGUGCCUCUUGUAAAGGGAUAGCAACUGGGCAUUGGGGAGUCCUACAAAUGUGGUUGGAAGUGCAAUAUCAGUAUUCACUCGGGUUAAUAUCAGUACAUUUUCUUUUCAUUUAAUGUUAUUUUUAUUUAGUUGUGUGUUGAUGUUCAACUACGUGGUAAUGAUGUGCGUUAGACAGUAAUGCAGAUCUUUUCACUGAAUGCCCAAAAAGGUGUCUCAAGUUUAGGAACCUCUCUUCCUUCCUUGUAACAUCCCUGAUCCACAUGCCAGCAUGGGCAGUACUGCGCUAAGGAGCUCACAUCUAGGGAUGAAGGAUGGAUGGGAGGAUGGACCACUUUAAUAGUGACCACUCUAGUUCUGUGACUGGUACUGGACUAGUACUUCAGCACCACUGGUUGACACCUUAUAUAAAAGGCAUGUGUGGCCUCCUGAACACCACUGCGUUGAACUUGGGAAUGUUAAACUAGAGUGAUCAUUUAUGUGCAGUUUCUGUCACCUGUCCACACAAUGCUAGUAUUACAACCCAUAUGUUAUAUUUGUUGUGGCUUUCUUUAGAAUUUCAUGCCCCCUAAAUCACCGGAAUUUUUCUAUUUGGCUAAUCUCAUGGGAGAACUUUAACAACAGUCAUGGUGCAAAGGCUGCUAAAGACAUUAGUGAAUUGAUUUGAAACGGUCAAUGUUUCAAAAAAUCAGUAUUGUAUCGUUUUACCAGUAAUGUACUGCCUGAACAUGUCUACCCAUUAUUUAUAAAAACAAGGGGAUAGUUCUACAUGUUCCUCCAUGGUUGCCACAGGUGAAGACACUCAGAUUUGAUGGUCUGUCUUCUCAAGCCCCCCUCUUUCUCCUGAGCUUUAUAAAGAGGUUGUACAUAAUGUUUCUGACAUUUAGAUUUUUGUUUUUGUGAAUUGUCUUCUCCCCAUAUUGGGGAGAAUUGCAGGGGGAUAUUUUAGUAUUUUAUUGAUAUUUUACCUGAUUUUUAUGGUUUGCAUUUCCAAUAAAGUUUUCCCUUUUACA